AUGAACGCUUCCAUGAUGAUGAUGUUUGCUUUGGCUAACGUUGCUGUCGAAGAUAACUCGAUGAGUCGGGUUAUCGUCGACCACCUGGGGUCAGUUCCGCAGUGUAAAAGCUGGGUGUCGAUCGUUGAAGUAUCCGAAGGACCUGGUGAUGAGUACUUCAAUUGGGAAGCGGUUUAUGAGCUGCUUGGACAAUUGCCGCAGUAUCGACAGGUGACUAUCGACAAGGCAGCGAAUAUCACCGACAAGAGUGUAGCUCGGAGAGUUUGUAACGUUGUCUUUGCGGACGAUGGUCAGUCUUUUUUGGGAGUUAUCAGAGGAACCAACCCGUGGCUGUUUGACUACAGUGCCUUCUACGUGGUUGUAUUUACCAGGGAGAUUGCAGUGGACAUUCAGCUGGUGUUUGACGAAUUCUGGAAACUGUACAUCGUAAAUUGUAACGUGUUGUUGAAGGAUGGUGGGGGAAUUCAUAUAUUUACGUACUUUCCGUUCACUGAAACCACAUGUGAAACUUCCGAAGGCCUGUUGUGGAACACUUUUCGGGAUGACGCCUACGAGAAUCAAUCGCGACUGAUGUUUCCUCCAAAGGCGGAUAACUUCCAUGGAUGCGUGUUGAAGGUGGCUGUUUUCAAAACCGAACCUUUUAUGUUUGUCAAAGAAUUACCUAAUGGAACGGUAGAGACAACCGGAAUAGAUGCUCGGGUUAUGAGGUUUUUGUCAAAGUUUUUAAAUUUCUCGGUUAUUGCUGUUCCCGUUCCAGGAGUUUUUGGCUGGGGAAAACUGUAUCCUAAUGGAACGUCGACGGGAGCUAUGAAUAAAGUCCUCAGCGGUGAGGUCAACUUCACCAUUGGAUAUUUUGGUAAAAACUUAGUCCGGGAUCAGUACAUGACCUCCUCUCGAAUCUAUCAUCAUUCAACCUUGGUGUUUGUAGCCUCGCACGGUGAGGAAUACGAACCCCUGGAAAAGCUUCUGUUGCCAUUCGAGCUGUACACGUGGCUAGCUAUAGCAGUGCUCUUCGCGUUGCCUUCAUUGCUGGUUGGAGUGUUGAAGUGUUUGGAUGAAAAAAUACGCAACUAUAUCCUAGGAUCCGAGAAUCAAUCGCCGCUUUUGCAUUUCAUCAACUCGUUCCUCGGUGGGAGUCUACCUUGGCUACCCUGCCGGAACUUUGCUCGCUACAUGCUAACCAUGUGGCUUCUGUACAGUCUGGUAAUUCGUACGGCCUAUCAACAAUCGCUGUUCAACAUAAUGGAAAGCAACGCAAGAAAAAGACCCGUCAAUACCAUCAGCGAACUGCUGAACACCAACACUAAGCUGUACCUAGCUUCGACGCAGGUGUACGUCUUCGACAAUAUGCCAUCUCUUAAGAAACGCAUCGUUCUGAUCCGGGACGAUCAGGUUGAACCGAUCCGCAAUGCAAUCCGCAAUGGCACAAUAUCCCAGGCAGCCACGAUGGUGUGGCAUGAAUACGUGCUCUAUCACAACCACAACGGACAGUCCCAGCUGGACGGCUUUCGAUAUCACAUGCUGCAGGAACACCUCUACGCCUACACCAUAACGGUCUACAUGAGGAAGGAUUCGUUUCUGCGGGUACCGUUCAAUCGGGCCCUGGUCGCUCUGAGCUCAACGGGCAUGAUCCAAUAUUGGAUGGAGAGAUACGCCCCGAGGAAGCUGAAGAAACCCGUCAACCGGGGUCACCAAAAACUGACCGUUUGGCAUCUGAUGGGAACGUUCGAUUUGCUGUUCGCUGGCCUGGCCCUGGCUUCGGUAGUUUUUGUGUUGGAGAUGUUGUCGAAGCAGCUCAGAAGACUACAGGGUUGGGUGACUUCUCGUUAG